AUGCCAAUUAAUUUAGCAGCUAAAGGAAUUCUAACAAAAGGGCAAACGCUAGGCAAAUCUGCCGAAGCUAGUAAGGUAGCAGACGAAAUGAGAAAUGCUGGACCUAGUCUGGCUAAGCUCAUAGCUUCUGGUUCCAGUAGUGAUCGACAAUACUCGUAUGAAGGUACAGCAGUUGAUGUUUACUUGCUUGGUGUGCUCAUGUUUAUGUGCGCGCCCAAAGAUGUUUACAUUCCUCCGUCGAACAGCAUUAUCGAACAAGUGGAUCAACUCGAUAGGAAGAAAGUUUCAGAAAACUAUUGCGCAUUGAUUGUUCGCUGUCUUGUGAAAGAUUCAAAACUAAGGCCAAUAGCUCAAGAAAUUGUCGAUAAACUCGAUAAAUUGGCCAAACAGUCCAUUGCAAGGGGGGAAAAGCGGACUCCUGGACUCCCAUGGACCCCUAUGGACUCCUAUGAACUCCUAUGGACUCCCGGACUCCCAUGGACUCCUGAAGUCUAG